UUUGUGUCCAUGCGCAACUUUGUGUGCAAAAUGGCUGAUGACGCUGAGCUCCUCAUGACACUUUACGAUGGCAAGGAGAAUCGAGCAUUUACCGAGAGCUACGUGGUACGAUGGAGUCGAGAGGGACUGGCUCGUGAGAUAGACCAGAUGCACAACUUACGUGUUCUGUUUACGGACUUAGGUUCUCGGGAUCUGGGUCGGGAGAGGGUGUACCUGGUGUGUUACGUGGUGAGGCUAGGAGGUAUGGAAGUGAAAGAACCGGACAAAGACAACAAGAAACACUCCCGCCAGAGUGUCUCCAAGCCACCUCCGGUGAUAGAAGUGUUGAGGCGGCCAUAUGGUGUGGCAGCCAUGGACAUCACUCUCUUUGUCGCCGGCAAGAUGGAGACGGACGAGGACAAACAUCACUUCUUGCCGUUUCUACCGUGUGAAAAAGACAAUUUGGAAGGAACGCUGAAAAGAAUAUUGGCAAACAAAGAGUUAACCCAAAGAGAUCACAAAGGACAAGGUCUCUAUUGCAGUUUCAAAAUGCUGCAUGGCGAUAUCAAACAGGUGCGGGAGGAGAACCCACACCUUGUGCUAGGACAGGUAGCUACAGCACGCAAGAUGGGGUUCCCGGAAGUGAUCCUGCCUGACAACGUAAGGAACGACCUUUACCUGACCUUGGUGAAUGGGGAGUUCUCCAAGGGGAGCAAGUCUACGGACAAGAAUGUUGAGGUUACCGUGCGAGUCUGCAGCGAGAAGGGGCAAGCUCUACAGGGUGUGAUCAUGCUGGGAGGAGGAGUGCAGUCUCAGAACGAGUACAGGUCUGUCAUCUACUACCAUGAGGACAAGCCAAGGUGGAGUGAGACGUUCAAGAUAGCUGUCCCAAUCGAAGACUUUAAGGGCUGUCAUCUCCGAUUUACUUUUAAACACAGGUCCUCAAACGAAACAAAAGAUAAAAAUGAGAAGCCCUUUGCUCUGAGCUAUGUGAGACUCAUGCAAGAGGACGGUACCACACUGCGUGACACACAACAUGAUUUACUUGUGUAUAAAGUUGACCACAAGAAAUUCGAUGCCAAUGAUGUCGGAUACCUGAACCUCCCUUCCAAACGCAGUGAGCUCAUUGAAGGUUCUAAACCCUCUCAUGGCGGUCUGAUCCUCACCAACAAGGACUCCUUUACAAUACACACGAAUGUCUGUUCCACCAAACUCACUCAGAAUGUUGACCUGUUGGGUCUGCUGAACUGGACAAGUCAGCCUGAUACUCUUGCUGAUAGUCUCAAUGCACUCAUGAAAGUGGAUGGAGAGGAGGUGGUCAAAUUCCUGCAAGAUGUCUUGGACGCUCUCUUCAACAUUCUCAUGCAGAACUCUGACUCAGACGUUUAUGACAACAUGGUCUUCGAGUGUUUGCUGUACAUCAUCGGUCUGGUGUCUGAUAGAAAGUAUCAACACUUCCAGCCUGUUUUGGAUCUCUACAUUCAGGAGAGCUUUAGUGCGACUCUGGCAUACAACAAACUGAUAGUGGUACUGAAGCACCAUGUAGACAAUGCCAACUCUUCAGAAGACAAGGAUCUACUGUUGAAGACGAUGAAGUCACUGCAGUACAUCAUGAGGUUCAUUGUACGAUCUCGUAUUCUCUUCUCAGAACUGUACGAGGGCAAGGGCCAGCAGCAGUUUGAGUUGUCCUUGAAGCAACUGCUGCAGAGCAUAGCUGUGAUGAUGUGUUACAACACGGACGCCACAUUGUUGGUUCAAGGUGCCUGUCUCAAGUUCCUGCCUUCCACCAUUCCAGACAUCCUGCAGGUCUUCAGCUCCGUCCAGUUGAGCUCCUUGCUGAUGGACCUGAUAAACAAGAUGCCUGCCCAGCGGCUGGCCAAGCAGAAGAUGAUGACGGUACGUGACAUAGUGCACAGCCAGCUGUUUCUGGACAGUGACUGUCGUAGCGUGCUGCUACCGGCGAUACUGGUGAGGAUCCGGGAGCUGCUGGAAGCCCAGGAUGAGGUGAGAGAGGAGCCUAGUCUCCUUGAUAAAUAAGGGAUAAACUGUAGGAUGUUGAUGGAAAGUCUAAUAAGAUAAUAUUUUUCUUUUCUUUAUUAUAAAGUUUUAAUUGGUUUCAUUUUAUCAAUUUACAACGUAGUACAGUAGACCUCUGAUUAUCCAGCCUUAUUAUCUGCAACUAAUAAUAGACAGCAGAGUGGACUGUAGAAAAGCAACAUAAUCUGAAAGUAACAUUAGCUUGACUUCUUCUUGAGAUGGUACAUGUCAAAGUCAUUUUAACUAUUUGUCUGGUGAGUAUUUUCACAGUAGUCAUGCCCUAAAAAUUGUGUUUUGUUUUGCUAAAUGGACAGGCUUUAAUUUACAAAGUAUAAAAUGAUUUUUAUUUAAUUAAAAGAUUUUUAAAACAAACACCAAAAACACAUUUAAAAGAUAAAUAAACCUUUGUUAAUACUUUUAUGUAUAUAUACAUACUUAGAAAAUGCACAAAAAGAUUUAUUGACAGUUCAAUAAUGUGCACUUGUAUCUUUAGAAGUCUUUAGUUGAGUGAAAGGGUCGGAAAUAUUCUGAUUGAGAUAUAUAGUGCAACUUCAAAAUUAUGGCACAUCAAUGGUAUUUACCGGCACUGCUCCUAACUGACAUGUUAGGUUGUUAUUAGUAUCAUCAUCACAGUAGUCACUUUUUUCAUUCAUCUAAAUCUGUAAUAAAGAUUCUAUAAAGUCACUAACUGCGCAAAUAUAUAUUCUGUAAUCAUUCACAGACCGUAAAUAUCUCGUCUAUGAACUACAUAAAAACUGGUUUAAUAAGUAAGACAAAAAUAAACAAACAUUGAAAUAAUACCUUACCUGAUUGAAUUAGAUAUUUUACUUUUCUGAAACAUAUUACAAGCCACAGUGAACCAGCGAGAAAUUAUAUAGAAAAUAAGUCACAACCUCUGUUAGACACAAUGGAAACUAUGUAUUAGUGUUUUAACCAUUCAAUAUUGCAUAUGCGUUCAGGCAAACAGUUAAAACAGUAAUGGAAAUAUUGUUUAGUGGUGUAGCAGAUCCCACAGAGUGAUUGGGGUUAACCGCUGUUGGUUCAAGGUGCACUCUUAAGAAAUGUGCGGGGUUGACAUAAAGAGCCCAUUGCUCCUGUCUUACAAAACACAAGGCAACAACACCAAACUGAACUAUCUACUGAAUUUCAUUUCAUUUCAUUGCAUUAUAGCGAUUGGGGGUAAAUUUUGUAUAUCAAACUUUACUCUUGUGCAGUUAUUAUUCAUAGAUUAAACGACUCGUAGGGACACGAGUGUUGUAAAAUAAAGACAACUUGUCAAAUACAUCUCGAUAACCCUGAUUAGUAACAUUUUUCAGCAUAUACUCAUUUCAUCCUAGUUUAUAUAUUAUUUUAGGAUAUUUUGAACUUGCACUGGAUCAGCGCAGAUAACUUGGGGAAAGAAUAAUCAAGUGGUCUACUGUACUUGAAUUUUUGAAAAUGUGAUGGUUGCUUCCUGUAGUUAUUUUACAUGGUUCCGUGAAAAAUUAAAUUCGCAACAUUAACAUCAAGUACCCACCAAGAGGUAUUGAUAUUUUUUUUUAAAUGAAUAAAAUAUGUUUCACUUGUGAUUAAAAAUGAAAUUAUUGGCACUUUUUGAAUCCAAAAUAUUUUUUCUGAUAAAUAUUAGUCUGCAAUAAAACAACUGAACAAACAUUUUUACAAAGCGAUUAUUUUUCUAUAGUAAACUUAACCUUUGGCUGAGGAAUAAACAAAAACAAUGUAGAGCUCUUUUGGCGUUCUUCAACUCUCCUAGUAUUUUGUCGAGCAGAGAUACUGCAGGAAGUAAGCCAACACGUAAACACAGAUUAAGGUCAAUUUAUUUUAGUGAUGUAUUUUGAUCUACAUGUUCUGUUGUGUGUGUGCUGUUAUGAUUCAUUUGUGUUUGCACACUUUGUCAAUAACCCAGUGAGUGUUGGUACCUGAAUGUAUGGCAUGGUUGCCACUCACCGCAAUCACAGAGACGCAUGGACAUAUCUAGAGUAGUCUUAACACGGACCUGCGAUAUUGGAUAGCUUUGUAUCAUUCACAAGCAGAUCAUCUACAUUUUACACCUCAUUCAGCUAUUGACCUGUGAAUGAAGUUCAUUGUGAACAUUUUUUGCGUGGUAUGAUACUUUUUAACAGUUUGUCAAUGAACAGAAAGUGGAGGUAAAAGUUCAAAAUUGUAUUGUCUACAACAAAGUGAUCCAUGUGAAAGUGGAUACUGGAUGCUAAGGAUUACAAUAGCACAUUAAAAUUAAGUUAUGAUAAAAUUUGUAUUUCAUUCAUAAAAGAGAGGCAGCUGAAUUUUUAUAUAUUUUUAAUUAUAUUUUGUACUAAAUUUGUAGGUAAAAAUAGAACCUUACAGCAAAAAGGUUUGUUUCAAAACUUGAUUAUAUUAUCUUGAAAUAUUUUAAUGUCUUCUGUAAAAGCAGUAUAACUUCAAAGAGAUUGUGACAAUAAGUAAGCAUUUUACUGUCUUUAAAUACAUUUUUCUGCUUAAAAUUAAUUAUUUUUUCUGUUUUUUAACUUGAUUUGGACUUAAUACGUAGGUUUAAAGGUUUUUUUUGAAGGGUGUUAUUAGUUGUGUCAUAUUUUCUAGUGUGAUCUCUAAAAGCAUAUAUACUUCGAAAGAGUUAUAAAACAUUAACAAACGUCUAAAAUGUUUAAGAUACUUGUUGAGUACAUCAUAUUUAUAGCCAAGGUCAGAGAGUUGUCCAUCUUAUCAGUGAGAAAGUGGGGGACCGAUUUGUGGUCUAUAUGAGCUGUAUACGUAACACAGUUGUGAUGGAAUAAUUUUACAGAAAAUUUUUUUUUUUAAUUCUUAUGAUAAUGAUCAGACAUGUCUCUGGAGUAAGGCACUUCAUAACAUUGCAAGAGACAUCAUCAUAAGGAAAGAGUUUACAUGGUCAUAAUUUAAAUUUAAAUAAAAUAUAUUUUUCAGCAAUAAUUAUAUUGCAACCAAUUCUUGUUACAGUGCAAAAUGCAAAUUUACACAAUUCUUUCCUCUGCAAAUCUUUCAUUCCGAUAACCGCCUAAAUAUAUGAGUUAUUUGAAGGCGUCAAUGCUUAAACAUUUCUUAGGUUCUGAUUACUGUCUGCGUUAUUGUAAAAUCUGUAACAUCAUAAUUCAGGAGGUAUGUACUGAUAAAAGCAACAUAUUUAAUUUUCCCACCAGAAUUGUAUUUACUGCCCACUUAGUCACUUAGUUCUAUCUUCAUGUAUUACUAAGUAUAAUCAUCAGCAUAGAUAUGUGUUGAACAAAAGAUCUAACUUUAAAAGCGGUAAAUUGGUAAACCUUGUACUUUAGUUAUAAAGUGUGAGGUAUGAUAUUAACAAUUUACUGUGUAUAUCAAUAGAAAUAACACCCAAAGAUUGGAAACAAAACUGUACUUCCACAAUAAUAUAUCUGUAAUAUCUGCCUUGUCAGAGACAUGUGAAUGUUGUGUGUACAAUCCUGACGAGAUAUCUAGUGCUCUGUCACUAACCUUUGUCUGUGUGUAUGUGCUGCAUGGACAGAGCUCCGAGGCACAGGUAAUGUUGUCUGAUAGUGCUACAUUAGUAACACAUUAACGAAUGCUUUACUACAAUUAUACGUUUUUAGUGUGUACUUAAUAACAGAUACGUAUUAAGGUAAGUGAUUUGAUAAAGUUCACAUAAAUUUGUAUUUAAGCAGUAUUUUUUGCAGUUGUACCAUUUUACAUGGAUGGUUUAAGUGUUUUAAUUGUCUUAAUAAAUAUUUGAAUUAAACAAAGUACUCAAUGAAAGUUUUAACUAUGGUCACCUUUCGUAUUGUUUGGUUGAUGUUUCUGUCUUAUUAAGUAUUAAUUUAAAUUAUAUAUACGAAUGAAUAAACACAAUUCAAACACAACACACCUUUUUUAGUCCUUAGAAUUACUUAGCCAGUGUUGUGACUAUCGUUAAAUACAAAAUACUGUUUACAGUCUUUAGAAUUACUUAGCCAGUAUCAUGACUAUCAUCAAACACAACAUACUCUAAGACAUUUGGCAGAAAAUCAGUAUUUAAGGUAUUAUAGAGCAUCAAAGAUUCAGCACAUAUUUAUUUAUUUAUUAAAUAUAUCAUUGCAAUUUUUAUUGUUUUAUGACAAUAACUUGGAAAACUGGUUUAAUAUUUUCAGUUAAGGACUUUUUGUGUACUAGAAACUUAGUAUAAACAUCUGUGUUUUGAUGAGUCCAUAACCUUCUUUAACAUAAACAAAUUAAAUUAAACGUUUUAAAAUAAAAUAUCCUCAUGAACAGUUUCCAGUACGUAUAAUUGCACCUGUAUGUUGUCCAACUUCUGUUAUCUCCAAAAAUCCUCAACCGCUCUACUCCUUUUCCUUAGCCUUCUUUCGCCAUCUCUAACCAAAUUUAUACUAGGUCUUCAUCUGUAUUUCCUCUCUGCACUCUCCUCUUGUACAUCCUCAGUUGUUUCCUGUUGAUCCAUUCCAGCAAUGUUCUUCUUGAUCCUCCUUUUGAACGUUAUUUCUGCAAAAAAGUAAUGUAAACUGUAAAACAUAAUUCUUAAUCUAUUUAUGUCACUGGUUAAAACGUUCUGUGUACACUUUGAAAUUGAGUGAAAUACAAAACAUGCUCACGCCAUACAAUAUGUAUUCUUCAAAAAAUGGGCUCAACUGGACAAAAGGUGAGUGGUAUUGUUUGCUUCAUAGUACGUGUGAGUAAACCGAAACAGUGGGAACAGAGGUAAGUGUUGCUUGUUGUGCUCUUGUCUGUACGUGUGUGUGUGCACUCACCCGACAUCACUCACCACUCACUACUCACUGCCCGUCACGCCACCUGCAAGCUUACUGUGUGUGUCUCCACUAAUUAGGAAUCUUAGUGCCGUGUUGUAGGCCUCGCAACACAUCUUAAUAACUGAUGUUUAAAUAUUGAAGUACACCAUUUAGAAAUCAAUGGCCUUCUUUUUCUGUGCCCUAGUAAAUUUAAAAAGUUGUAAUCUUUCUAAGCGUUUAACAAGAACAAUUAACAAAUAAAUUACAAGUAUUGUUAUUCAAUACAAUAAUUAAAAUGCUUGUAAGAUUAUAAUUUAAAUUCUUAUUCUCUCAUUUGUUGUUAAAACUGGAAAUUGUAGUAGCAUGUUUAAAUUAUUCCCUGGAAGUGUAGAUAUUCCUGUUAAAUAACCACCAUAGACCAGAAAAAAUUACUGUAUUUAAAAAAGUUCUAAGUUUCCUUUUAGCAAAGAUUUUCCAUAUUCUCUGAAAGUUUUUCAUACUAAAAACGUUUUCACCCCAAAACGGUUAUAAGUAUAUUGGUUGAGUGUCAGGAGUAGAGGUAGGACAUAUUAUUUACAUUUGUGACCUACACAAUUAAACUGAUGAAAGUAUGUGUUUUUACCUCUUGCAUCGGUAGUUCUUAUUUUUACUUAGUAAAUUGUCAUCGUCGUUUGUUAAAUUUUUAGUCACAGUCAAUCGUGAGAUAAAAAGAUUUCUUGAAAAAUCUAUAAUUUUUACGCUGUUAUAUUUCUUUUUGUAAAAUCUUGUUUAUGUUGAAACCUGAAUAAUCCAUUAAAACUACUUAUUUUGCAUAAAUUUAGAUUUAACCAUGCAGUAUGUAUUAUAAAGAAGCUUGUCAAUUUUUAUGAAUAUUAA